GUCACUACAAUGACGCUACAACUGACCUCUCGCGAGGCGGAGCGCAGUUUCCCAGCCAGCUCAGUGUGGUGUGGUGUCGUGUGUGCGUGAUAGAGACAAGGAAAGAUGGCGACGCAGGAGAGCGAAGCAACUAAAGCUAUCGUGAGCAACGGCGAGGUGAGCAGCAAUGGAACUGCUGCAACAACAGAUGACCAGACUGUGCAGACAGCUGAAAAUGCACAGGAUCCUCAGCAGCAACAACAGCAGCAACAAGCACCUAAUGCAUGGCAGGUCAUUAAAGGAGUCCUCUUCAGAAUCUUCAUAAUCUGGGCGAUCAGUAGCUGGUUUCGUCGAGGGCCGUCCACUCCUGACCCCAGCACGCCGGCCGGGGCACCCAGAGUACCCAGCAGGAACCUCUUCCCCAAGGACACCCUCAUGGACCUGUAUGUGUACGUGUCCCAGGAGGAGGUGUUCACCGACUUCAACAACACAGACGCCCUGUUCUGGUUCCACAGGGACCUGGUCUACGGCGACUGGGCCACGGGGGAAAACGGGGAUGGCUGUUACGAGCACUAUAAGGAGAUGGACAUACCAGAGGUGGGGAUGUCUGAGGAUGGAGGGGAGGUGCAAUGUGAGAGGAGAGAGACGUGGCAGGGGAGCAGGGAGAGAGAUGUGACAGACAGUAGAUUGAUGACAGUGCAGCAGAAUGGUUCCCUUUACAUGCAUGUCUACUUCACCAAAAGUGGAUUCCACCCAGACCCCAAACGCAAGGGGCAGUAUCGGAGACUGGCAACAGUUCAUUCAACACGAAUGCUGAAUAAAUUCAAGCGAAGAAAGUUUCUGAAGACCAAGAAUCUCCUAACAGGAGAGACAGAAGCAGAUCCCGAAAUGAUCAAGCGGGCAGAGAGCCACGGCCCAGUAGAGAUUAUCUCUCAUUGGCACCCCAACCUCACCAUCAACAUGGUAGAUGACCACACUGCUUGGGUCAAAGGCUCUGUUCCCCCUCCUCUAGACCAACAUGUUAAGUUUGAUGCAGUAAGUGGCGACUACUAUCCCAUUGUGUACUUCAAUGACUACUGGAACCUUCAGAAGGACUACUAUCCCAUCAACGAGACACUGACAGCACUCCCGCUGCGCCUCUCCUACUGCCCGCUGUCCUUGUGGCGUUGGCAGCUGUAUGCUGCCCAAAAUGCACGUUCACCAUGGAACUUCCUACCUGAAGACACUUACGAGCAAUCUGAUGAAGACCAAGACUCUGUCAAGGUGGCCCUCUUGGAAACCAACCCGUACCUGCUGGGACUCACCAUUGUCGUCUCCAUUGUGCACAGCAUCUUUGAGUUUCUUGCCUUUAAGAACGAUAUCCAGUUCUGGAAUAGCAGACAGUCUCUAGAGGGCCUGUCUGUGCGCUCCAUCAUAUUUGGAGUUUUUCAGUCUCUGGUGGUGCUGCUGUACAUACUGGACAACGAAACAAACUUUGUGGUGCAGGUCAGCGUCUUCAUCGGUCUUCUCAUUGACCUGUGGAAAAUCACCAAGGUCAUGGACGUCAAAUUUGACAGAGAGAACAAAAUCGCAGGGGUACUCCCAAGAUUGGUAUUCACAGACAAGUCAACAUAUGUGCAGUCUUCAACCAAAAUCUACGACGAUAUGGCCUUCAAGUACUUGUCGUGGCUGCUCUACCCUCUGUUUGGCUGCUAUGCGGUCUACAGUUUAUUGUACGUAGAGCACAAAGGCUGGUACUCAUGGGUACUCAGCAUGCUCUAUGGCUUCUUGUUAACCUUUGGUUUCAUUACAAUGACGCCACAGCUAUUCAUCAACUACAAAAUGAAGUCUGUGGCCCACCUCCCAUGGAGGAUGCUCACCUACAAGGCUCUCAAUACCUUCAUUGAUGACCUGUUUGCCUUCGUCAUCAAGAUGCCCAUGAUGUACAGGAUAGGAUGCCUCAGAGAUGAUGUGGUGUUCUUCAUCUACCUUUACCAGCGCUGGAUCUAUCGGGUCGAUCCCAACCGGGUCAACGAGUUUGGCACCAGCGGAGUAGACCCGUCCCAGAACAACACAGCAGCGGCAGACACUGCGUCAGACGCUCCCAUCGCCAUCACAGACAAACCAGAGGGGGAGAAGAAGAACGAUUAAGCAAGACCACGCCUUUAUCUGCCUCCCUGGCCCUCACUGCUGGGACGAAGAGGACUUGUGGAAAUUAGGCAGGGAGGGGAGUUUGUCGUUUAGCUGUCAUGGACGCCACUACAAAAAAAAAUGCAGUUCAACUGUUCCCUCUGAUUUCUGUGUGGAUCCACAGAGAAUCAUAUUCAGUGUAGACUUGGUAAAUUCUUAUUUCUGUUCCCCGCCCUCUCGUUUUGCAGUUCAAGUGAAGUAAAACAAAACGUGAUGUACUGUAUUCUGUAUGAUUUCUCAGAGGGUAACAAUAUCUUGGAGUAGGAGGUUGGGAGGGGAACGAGUUGCAGUUAUACUACUUUUUUUAAAAAUAUAUAUAAUAUAUAUACAGGGAAGAAAGAGGCCAAGUGCAGCUUUUGUUCUUUGUGUAGAUUCCUUGUGAAUUUUUCUUUUCAUUCCAUGUGAGCACUGUGUUUCGGAUUGCCUGGAAACUGGUGAGUAGUGGAAAGAUCCUGAGUCACGACAGAGGUUUAAAAAAAGAGAGGUGGUGACUGGAGACAAGAUGGAUGACCCUACAGGAUACUACCCACAAGACAGUGACUACUACCCUCAGUUUUAAACAAAUGGUUAAUGUUCUAAAAUUGAACAUAAAAAAAUAACAGCCUUGUUGGUAUUAAUAUAGAUAUAUUAAUAUUGUCAAUGACUUAAUUUUUGUUUUUCAGUCACUGAAGCGUUCUUUUGUAUGUUCUCCAACUGUACAGAAUCUCAGCUUGUCAUGUUAAUAAUACCAAUGUCAAAACUGUCUAGCAGAAAGCUAAUUUGCAAGUCUAAUUUUUUCCCCCUCAGCCAGACGUCUGGUUUUCAGAUAGUUUCAUGUUCACGCUCCAAACCAGAUCACCUUGACAGACACAGUGGAGACAGUCAGGUGUGUGCUGGAAGAAUUACAGUGUCUCUUGUUUUAAUUUUGAGUGCUGUAAACCCUGAAACAAAGAGGAUCCCAUGUUGGUACAUAUUAAAUUUUGAUGCAUUCAUGUUUAUAGUAAAACUUAAGUGUGAUUUAAAAUGUC